AUGAAGACGGAUGGUCAUGGGCAGGUUGGCACAACAGGUCCUGUUCUGAAGAUACAAGGGAAAACAGAGGUUACAGCCAAAGCAAGCUGUGGUGCCUUUGAUGCUGUUGGGAGAUCUUAUUGGGAAAUAACAGAAGCCUGGGAUAUUAACAAGUACAAAUGUGCAAUGCUAAAAUUACCGGCCUUAUACGCCAAUGAUGAAGAUGAUUCGAUGUUCGGAAUUCUCAGUGUGUACCGUCGAUCAACAUUACAUACAAGCCAUGUGUCAGAGUUGGAUAACAAGACAGUUUUAAAGGAGAAAUCUUCUCAAAUACAAGCAAAGGACGUGUCGACACCAGCUUGUAAGAAAUUAAAGUCACGUGAUCAGCCAACAGCUGUGGACAUGUUAUAUCACAAAAUGUUAAGAAAUUUGUCAAAUGGUGAUGACCCCAAACAAAGAUAUUCUCCAAUAAAGCUCAUUGACUCCGGAACUUUCGGGCACGUGAUCUUAGCCAAAGCGAAGCUAAACGGGUCUAUGGUUGCCAUAAAAAUCAUGGAAGUUAAAAAACAACCAUUUGCAGUGUUGGCUAACGAGGUCACCAUUAUGAAGAGGAUUUGCCAAGAAAAUGUUGUCACCGCACUAGAUGCAAUUUAUGUCGAAGCUGUAAAGAAAUUCUGGCUUGUCAUGGAAUACGUGAAUGGGUGUUCCCUAAAGAAGAUU